CAUUUCGGCUGCAGCAGCAGAUGCCCCAUAGGGCACAACCAAUCCUCUCCGUCUCAAAUCGCUAGCGCCGUUGAUAGGCUAACCAAAAGUGUACCUAACCGAGCUAGUCUCAAUGGUCAGAUACACCCAAUCAAAGGCUCCUGCCUAGCACAUAAGCCAAGUCAACACCUUGGGCACCAAACCCCUCAUAUCUAACCCCUCAGAUCGAGAUAUCGACUUUUAACACCAAGCAUUUGAGCCUCUGCCUACGAGAAGCGAUCGGUAUCAAACACUUCAUCUGCGCUAUCAAACAUUUUAUGGCAAUACGCAAUAUCCGCCGUACGGGUAUACUAGUACCAUUCUCAGUCGUGGCCGUACAAGCUCCUCUCCCGGUAGCCGAACCUUGAUUACCAUGGACGUUAAUGAAGGCAUUUCUUUGGUGGUAUGGACCACUGUCUUAUGUCUUUUUGUCUGUGCGACCGCCGCUUGGCUUUGGUUCUAUGCGCCAGCGGGUUCCGGUACCGCACCGUCGUCUCCAACGAAGCCUGCUUCAGAUUCUACACGAUCCACGCAGCGAGGCUUCCAUCUCAAUCAAGUCAACAAGGACAAUGGAGACACCGACAUUGACAUUAUUGCUAUCCAUGGCCUCGAUACAAAAUCACCGGAUACGUGGACAUGGCGGGAUCGGCGGAAUCCCAACGGCGUCAAUUGGCUAGCCGAUUUGCUCCCGGUCGACGUAGAAAAGGCACGUAUCUUUACACUGGACUGGCCUGCCGACCUACUUCAACCGUCAGAUUUAGUCCCGAAGCUUGAUGGCGAGAUCGUUACGCUCCUAAUUGAUGGCAUCGACAGAGAACUCUUGGCAAAGAACAAGACAAAAGACAGACCAAUCCUCUUUAUCGCUUCUUGUCUUGGGGGGAUCAUCUUAAUGAGGGCUCUCACAACCGCCGCCGAUCAUGAAUGCACCACGAGCUGUUAUUGCCUCAGGAAAGCAACACGUGGCAUUAUAUUCCUCGCUACCCCGUUCCGAGGGACUUCGUUCCAAGAGGUAGCUCACUGGGCAGAUCCAGGUCUGACCGCAUGGGCAUUAAUCCGCGACCGAAAAGUGAGCAAGCUACUCGAUAGUGUGAAAGGAUCGACCUUUGAUCUUGAAGCACUCGUACGCAAGUUCACACGAUUCUGUCAGCAUCCGAACUGGCCCUUUCUAGUAUUCAACUUUUAUGAACUCGGAAUGACGAGUCUGUGGCGCAAGAUAUUCCCUUGGUUACCUACUUUGUUCUUCAAAGGAAAACCGCUGGUUGGGAGGUCCUCAGCAACACUAGACAUCGUCUUAGAGCCACUACCACUCGAUCGGACUCAUGGUCUGAUGAACAAGUUCGGCAGCCGUGAAUGCGAAGAUUACAAGAAGGUUGCUGGAAAAAUCAAAGACUUUAUUGGAACGAUCCGUGAAGGAACGCCCCUCGCGCAAGCAGAUGCCUGGAUACGUGAGAAGUGCUAUACUAAGGAUAGGCUCAACAUUGAGCGGCUCUCAGGCACGAAACUGCCGAUGGAUCAGUGUUACAUCAAUCUCUCCAUUAUAGAGCGGACCGGCGAAGAUAAAGACCGUUCGAAAAAGAAAUCAGAAGAAGAGUCGGUGUCGCAAUCUUCCCCGUUUUCACUCACCGCUCGAUUGAAAGUGGAAACGCCAAAUGCAACAAUUCAAGUCGAUUUACCAUCGCUUUUCAAGGAACGCGAAGAACCUAACGGUCGCAAGAUACAACCAAGACGAAUAUUGAUUCGAGGACGCGCUGGUGUAGGGAAGACUACUCUUUGUAAGAAGAUUGUCUAUUCCUUCAUGCAUGGCGAAUUGCCCAAAUGGACUGAAUUAUUCGACCGCGUACUCUGGGUACCUCUGCGAAAUCUGAAGCUGGAAGACAGACGCCGGGCUGAUUACCGCUUUACCGACCUCUUUAUUCAUGAAUAUUUCUCCAUGGCGAAUUGCAGAGAGGACCUUGCCCAAGCAUUAUACAACACAUUGCUUGAUGCACCGGAGAAGAGGAGCAGGACUUUAUUUCUCCUUGAUGGGCUAGAUGAGGUAUCGCAAGGCUUGAGCGAAGGCGGUAUGUCUAGCUUCCUUGAUGUGUUGCUAGACCAGCCGAACGUCAUCAUCACCUCCCGGCCGUACGGCAAGCCUCUGGCUGGCCUGCAUCUCGAAUUGGAAACGAUCGGGUUCUAUCCAAACCAAGUGGAGGCUUAUAUCAACAAGGUUUUCACCGAAUACUCAGACACAGCUGUCCGCGUUCAGUCAUUCCUAAACGCUCGCAGCCUUCUCCAAGGCCUUAUGCGGAUCCCAAUCCAGCUAGAUGCGCUUUGUUUCGCCUGGAACGGAAGUAUUAAUUCCAGCUCCAAACUUAACACCAUGACGGAUGUUUACCAAGCCAUCGAUCAAAGUCUAUGGAAGAAGGAUAUCCUACGGUUAGGCAAGAAGCACGACAACGAGCUAGUGGAAGCAGCUUACAUCCAAGAGUCUGGUUGGACCGAAAUUGAAAAUCUCGUUUCAACCGAGAUUUUACUUCUAGAGAUCCUUGCUUUUACCGGGUUGCAGAAUGAUACAAUUGAAUUCGACUCAAGACAUCUCGACCAAAUAUUGUACCACUUUGCCGACAUCUUACCCGGUUUCUUACCCAGUAAGACCAUGCCGCACCUCUCCUUUCUCCGAACAUCAGAUUUGAUGGAAACCAGCUACCGAACCUAUCACUUUCUACAUCUGACCUACCAAGAGUACUUUGCGGCUAGGUAUUUUGUACGGCAAUGGAAGGCUAACAAGCGCCUCAAAUGCCUGGCACUCAAUGGUCAGAAGAAUGAAAAUAUUACUUUCAUCGAGGCUAUCCAGUUUCUUGGCGAGAACAAAUACACAGCCCGUUACGACAUCCUAUGGCGCUUUGUUGCCGGCUUUUUUGAUGCCGAAGGCAAGGCAGAGAAGUUUUUCCAAGCGAUCGAGGACGAACCGCAUGAUUUGUUAGGUCCUACGCACCAACGGCUGGUUAUACAUUGUUUGAGCGAAGUGUCAACGGAGAUGUCACUGCGAAAGAGGCUGGAAGUCAAGCUAAAAGAGUGGUUACUCUUUGAAUAUAAAUUCACAGGCAAAACACGUCUAGCAAGCGAGGUGGAAUUUCCAGAGUCAGCUUUGUUGGAAACCUUGCAGGAAGUAGGGAUCGAUGAAAAGUUCACAAUUUUGAAGUGGGUAGCAACACGACCAACGAUCCCGCCACCCAUCGUCAUUCUGGUUACUUCUUGGCUAGAAGACGGCGAAUUUAUAACCGGGAAAAGGGAUGUCUUACUGGCCUUGCAAGCCCAGUCCAGCUUAUCCGACGAGCUCCUUACGGCUGUAGUAGCACGUUUAGGAGACGAGGACUGGGAUGUUAGACUGGCUGCCUUAGGUGUCUUGCAAGCCCAGUCCAGCUUAUCCGACGAGCGCCUUACGGUUGUAAUAGCACGUUUAGGAGACGAGGACUGUGAGGUUAGAUGGGCUGCCUUACGUGUCUUGCAAGCCCAGUCCAGCUUAUCCGAUGAGCUCCUUACGGCUGUAAUAGCACGUUUAGGAGACGAGGACUGUGAGGUUAGAUGGGCUGCCUCAGGUGUCUUGCAAGCCCAGUCUAGCUUAUCCGGCGAGCUCCUUACGGCUGUAAUAGCACGUUUAGGAGACGAGGACUGGGAGGUUAGACUGGCUGCCUUAGGUGUCUUGCAAGCCCAGUCCAGCUUAUCCGACGAGCUCCUUACGGCUGUAAUAGCACGUCUAGGAGACAAGAACAGGAAGGUUACACUGGCUGCCUCAGAUGUCUUGCAAGCCCAGUCUAGCUUAUCCGAUAAGCGCCCUACAGCUGUAAUAGCACGUCUAGGAGACGAAGACUGGGAUGUUAGACGGGCUGCCUUAGGUGUCUUGCAAGCCCAGUCUAGCUUAUCCGACGAGCGCCCUACAGCUGUAAUAGCACGUCUAGGAGACAAGAACAGGAAGGUUACACUGGCUGCCUUACGUGUCUUGCAAGCUCAGUCCAGCUUAUCCGACGAGCGCCUUACGGCUGUAAUAGCACGUCUAGGAGACGAGGACUCGAAUGUUAGACUGGCUGCCUUAGUUGUCUUGCAAGCCCAGUCCAGCUUAUCCGAUGAGCUCCUUACGGCUGUAAUAGCACGUCUAGGAGACGAGGACCGGGAUGUUAGACUGGCUGCCUUAGGUGUCUUGCAAGCCCAGUCUAGCUUAUCCAAUGAGCGCCUUACGGCUGUAGUAGCACGUUUAGGAGACGGGGACUCGAAUGUUAGACUGGCUGCCUUAGGUGUCUUGCAAGCCCAGUCUAGCUUAUCCAAUGAGCGCCUUACGGCUGUAGUAGCACGUUUAGGAGACGGGGACUCGAAUGUUAGACUGGCUGCCUUACGUGUCUUGCAAGCCCAGUCUAGCUUAUCCAAUGAGCGCCUUACGGCUGUAGUAGCACGUCUAGGAGACGAGGACCGGGAUGUUAGACGGGCUGCCUUAGUUGUCUUGCAAGCCCAGUCUAGCUUAUCCGAUGAGCUCCUUAUGGCUGUAGUAGCACGUUUAGGAGACAAGGACUGGGAGGUUAGAUGGGCUGCCUCAGAUGUCUUGCAAGCCCAGUCUAGCUUAUCCGGCGAGCUCCUUACGGCUGUAAUAGCACAUUUAGGAGACGAGGACUUGGAUGUUAGACGGGCUGCCUUAGUUGUCUUGCAAGCCCAGUCUAGCUUAUCCGAUGAGCUCCUUAUGGCUGUAGUAGCACGUUUAGGAGACGAGGACACGAGAGUUAGACUGGCUGCCUUACGUGUCUUGCAAGCUCAGUCCAGUUUAUCUAACGGCGUUCUUACGGCCCUAGCAUUGUUACUGGAAUCCGAACGUGUAGGCGACUUAGCAGAGGCUCUAUUAAGAAGAUAUAAGGAAUUUUAUACUACCCUUCUUAAUGGGAAGUUUGUUGAACCAUUAUUCAAAUUUUUCUUGCGAGGUAGCUUUGAUGAGCAGUGGAGUUGGUAUGUUAUAGAUAUGAAAUCUUGCGUUAACAUGCCAGAAUGGGUCGGAAGUACUAGCAUUGAUGAUGGAAAGGAGUUUAUGAACAUGGUGACGAGAGCAAGGCAAGGGAUUCCAUCUACGGGUGUGACGAACGGCAGGUCUGAUCUGCCUAAAUGGGAUAGCUGAAGGUAAAGACUAUCAGGUGUUGUUCGGUAUAGCCAAAACGUAUAAAAUGAGUAUCGC